AUGGCCGCCAGUCCAUUUUCUUUGCGACAGCGGCAGAUCGCUGCAAUUGAGAGAAUCCUGAACCUGAAUCAUGACCCCCCUCAGCCUCCCGAGUUUGGCAACGAGCCGUCUGGGAGCACGACGCAUACAGUUCCCCUCUUGAACGAAGACGGCGACCCGAUAUGGAAGGUCUUGGUAUUCGACAACUUGGGAAGGGAUGUCAUCAGCAGCGUCUUACGAGUGAACGAUCUUCGAAGUUGGGGCGUCACCAUCCACCUGAAUAUCAAUUCUCGUCGCUACCCUAUUCCGGAUGUCCCAGUGCUUUACCUUGUCGAGCCCACACUUGAAAAUAUUCAGAAUAUAACAACAGACCUCUCCAAGGGAUUGUAUGCCCCUGCAUAUGUCAACUUUCUGUCAUCCGUACCACGGCCGCUCCUGGAGGACUUUGCUUCGCAAAUCGCCUCGACGGCGACAUCAGAUAAAGUAGCGCAGGUUUACGACCAGUAUUUAAAUUUUAUUGUCGCCGAACCCGACCUUUUCAGUUUAAGCAUGGGGAAAGACACUUACUGGAAAAUCAACAGUGCACAAACCAAGGAUGAAGAGCUGGAUACCUUGGUUGACAGAAUCGUCAGCGGACUUUUUAGCGUCAGUGUAACUAUGGGUGCUAUCCCGAUCAUCAGGUGUCCGAAAGGCGGUGCGGCGGAGCUGAUCGCUACGAAACUAGAUCGCAAGCUACGAGAUCAUAUCCUAAACUCCAAGGACAACCUUUUUACUAGUGGGAGCCAGAGAACCCUCGGGGUGCCAGCUGCUCGACCAGUCCUCAUUGUACUCGACCGCAAUGUUGACUUAGUUCCUAUGCUAUCCCAUUCGUGGACCUACCAGUCACUUGUCCAUGACGUUUUGACAAUGCAUCUCAAUCGAAUAACCAUGGAGGCCCCCGGUGACGACUCUAACCCGGCAAGGGGCAAUACAAGCCGCUCCUACGACCUCACUGCGAACGACUUCUUCUGGGCCCGUAAUGCCGGAGUACCGUUCCCACAAGUCGCCGAAGAUAUUGAUGCCGAACUAACUAGGUAUAAAGAAGAUGCAAGUGACAUAACGAAGAAAACUGGAGCUUCUUCCAUCGAAGAUCUCCAAAACGACACUGCGUCGUCGGCCCAGCACCUCAAAGCGGCCAUCACGCUGCUACCUGAGCUUCGCGAACGCAAGGCCGUCCUUGAUAUGCACAUGAACAUUGCAACCGCCCUGCUCAAGGGUAUCAAAGACCGCCAGCUGGAUAACUUCUUCCAAAUGGAAGAGAAUAUUGGUAAACAGAGCAAGCAGCAAAUGCUCGAAAUCCUUGCUGAUCCUAAUCGCGGAAACGAACCGACUGAUAAGCUCCGUCUGUUCCUAAUAUGGUUUCUAAGCGUAGAAUCCGAUCUCUCACGCGCUGAAAUAAUUCGAUUUGAAGAAGCUUUGACCCAGGCUGGAUGCAAAGACAUCAGCUCGCUUGCAUACGUCAAACGCGUUCGUGAAAUUACCCGUAUGACCAUGAUGACCACCUCUGCCACCGCUCCACAGCCACCUUCCUCCGACCUUUUCCGUGGCUUUUCAUCUCUUUCCAACCGUCUGACAGACCGCAUCGCAUCCGGUGCUCUCGGCGCAAAUUUCGACUCUCUCAUUUCCGGUGUCAAAAAUUUCCUCCCCGUAAAUAAAGAUCUCACCCUAACCAAAAUCACCGAAUCUAUCAUGGAUCCAUCAUCUGCAUCAAGCUCUGCCAUAGCUAAAGUCGAAAAUUAUCUUUACUUCGACCCUCGCAGCGCCAACGCGCGCGGUGCCAUGCCUCCCUCUUCGUCAUUACGCAACCCUGCACAGACCGGUACGCCGGGGUCUCUGGGAUCAUCCGGACCCGGAACGGGCGCAACUUUCGGGCAACGACGACAAGGUUUCAACGAGGCAAUUGUGUUUACAGUGGGUGGGGGGAGCAUGGAGGAAUAUGGGAAUCUACAAGACUGGGUUCGCCGGACCAGUGGCGAAGGUGGCGUGGGACAAACCUCGAGUGGUGUCAGCAGAGGUGGCAGUGGGACCUUGCAACGAAGGGUUAUAUACGGUAGUACGGAACUGCUGAAUGCGAGUGAUUUUUUGACAGCGGCGUUGGAGCCGUUGGGGAGGGAGAGUUGA